AAAGGAUGCGUUUCACUCUUCCCUUUAACCUCUUGCUUUUCUGGUUGCUGCAGCCAUGUGGUGAGGCUGAAGGGGGAGUGGAGAAGAGAGUGGCUGCGGGGGGGAGAGAGGGGAGGGAAAGAGAGAAAGAGUAACGGGACAGCAAAGGGUUAAGCGUGAUUUCUUUUAAUUGAACUCCAGUUCUUGUGGCCCUAGGCAAGGGGGGACCUGACCCCGCUAGCAGCAUCCAGAUGUGCUGCUCCCCGGGGACCCCGCGCAGCCCCCUGCCUUGUGAACCGGCGGGGGAGGAGCGGGGGGCCCGGGCUGUCCCCUCUGCCCCCCUCUGCCUUCACCUCCCGGCUGCAGGCGGCCUCAGUCGCUGGCAAGCAGCAAGCCGAAAGCUCCAGGUCUGGUCACGUUCACCCGUGUCUGCAUCUGAACUCCCAAAUUGUAGCUGAAUUGAUGAGGCUAAUUUCGGAGGAGGGGGGAGGGCGGGGAGGGAGGGGCAAGGGGAAUCUACGGCUCUCUCCUGCCAGCUUCGGGCUUGGAGAAAUAAAGUAUUAAUAAGGCAUCUCUGCCGCAGCCGAGUAGAAACACUAGUGGCAUUAUUGCAUUUCCCUUUUGGAAGGGGCGGGUGCAGAAUAACUUUGGAUAUAAUUUUGAUUGCCCCCCACCCCGCCCCGUGGUUGGACUAAAGACGGGGGGAAACAAAAAGCCUGGACACAACUGGCACUGGACAAGGUAAUGCUCUCCACCGAGAGAUCUGACGUUCAGGAGUGCCCUCCUGCCUUGACACUUUCUUUCUUGGCUUCACCCUCCCUAUUUUACACCCUCUGCGCUUCUCCUCGGGCUGCAGCGGUUUGCAGAAGUGGGAAUAAAGGACGCCCAGAGCGUUGCAUGAUGUGUUCCGCUGCUCGCUGCUUGUUAUUUUUGCAGGGGGGGAAGUGGAGCUGGACAGGCGCGUAUUGUCUCCUUUCCUCGGGUCCUUGGGAGGGUUUCAGCCUUGUCCGGAAAAAGGAAAGCGCGUUUCUUUUCUGGCGAUCGCUCCCGUUUGAAUGAGAGGCAGAAUCGCACGUCAGGGCUCACCAGGUCGAAAAAGAGAUUUAAAGGCUGGUGUGUUGGGUCGGUUUUACUGCAGUGCCCAUUCUGACACGAAAUUUCAGGUGUUCUGACAAUUAAUGUGAUUUUUUUGACAUUUUUUUUAGCUGCUUCUUCUUCUUCUUCUGUUUUUUCUUGUCUGACUGGGGUUUUAACAGCUUACCAAGGAACUGGUGUUGAGAGAGGAGGCUGGAAAAGGUGCUCCCAGCCCCCGAAAUAAAUGGAUGGGGACCCGUUGAUCUGAGGUCUGUGUGAUUAGCAGCCCGAUAUCCCAGCCGUGAGAUGACUGAGAGUGAAGGGGACAGGGGUGAAAGUGGACAAGAGCUUCCACUUUCCUGCAGCCCCAUUUCCAGCGUGGCUUUAAUUGCUGGAGUCAUUUGUCUGUCCUGCAUUACUGCACUCACCGCUCCUUUCUGGCAGGAGCGGACCCCGGCUCAUGCUCCCUCCUGCGAGCCCUGCUUGGGGCGGGCGUGAAGAGGGGCCACGUUACGUUUUAAAUACCUCUAAUGGUCAGGCUUUUCUUUAUAUUUCUUUCUCUCUCUCUCUCUCUCUUUUUUUUUUUUUUUUUCCCUCACCCUGCGUGCCCCGACUGAAUUGUAUUUACGGUUUUCUUCCCUCCGUUUUUGCCUGUGACUGGAAAACGCAUUAAUAAAAAAAUCUGUGGGAAGAGACGGAAAUUCAGUGAGUCAGGCUACAGCUGCUCCAGCCAAAAGAAAAAAAAAUGGCAAAAAACAUGUUAAACUAAACUGUGGGAUGACACAGUGCUCGCUAAUACGGGCUGGGGUGCAAGGCAAGGUCUCCUUCGAGCUGGCUGCGAUAGCGACAAACAAGAGCUGACAGAGGUAGCUAUUGUUCUGCCCCUUCUUAUCUAAAUGGAGCAAAUAUCCUGUAUGUAAAAUAUAUAUAUUUUGAUCAAGAAGGCAGGACCAGCGGAGAGACGAAAGUUUCCUCCUCGAGUGACUUCACUUCCCAAAAUUAGCAGAAAAAAACGUUUCAUCCGGUUAACUGUCUCUUUUUCGCUCUGCUGCAACAACCAAAGUUAAAAAAGAGAGGCAGAGAGAGCGAGGGAGGGAGGAGAGGAGAGAGCCGGAGAGGGGAUAAGCGGAGGAAAGUAAAAUCACUGGGAGGACACAGAAAAGUGAAAGAGGGAGAAGAAUAACGGCUUCAGGAGGCUUCGGUUGCAGGCUAAACCGGGUCAAUGUGUGGAAUAUUGCUGGUCCCGGCUGGAAGUUGUUCUAGAUGGACGGCACUAUUAAGGAGGCUCUGUCGGUGGUGAGCGACGACCAGUCCCUCUUUGACUCCACAUACGGCGCUGCCACUCACCUCCCCAAGGCAGAUAUGACAGCCUCAGGGAACCCUGACUAUGGCCAGCCGCACAAAAUCAACCCUUUGCCUCCUCAGCAGGAGUGGAUUAAUCAGCCAGUCCGGGUCAAUGUUAAAAGAGAAUAUGACCACAUGAAUGGAUCAAGGGAGUCCCCUGUAGACUGUAGUGUGAACAAAUGCAGCAAGCUCGUCGGAGCAGGGACAGAGUCCAACCCAAUGAGUUACAGCACCUACAUGGAUGAGAAGAAUGGGCCUCCCCCCAACAUGACCACCAAUGAGAGGAGAGUCAUUGUCCCAGCAGAUCCCACCCUAUGGACCCAGGAACACGUGCGCCAGUGGCUGGAAUGGGCCAUAAAGGAGUAUGGAUUAAUGGAGAUUGACACCACCCUCUUCCAGAAUAUGGAUGGCAAGGAGCUCUGCAAAAUGAACAAGGAUGACUUCCUCCGAACCACCUCCCUCUACAACACAGAAGUUCUGUUGUCUCACCUCAGUUACCUCAGGGAAAGUAGCUCACUGCUGGUCUACAAUACUCCAUCCCACACAGAAGCUUCCUCACGUCUUGCCACCAAAGAAGAUCCCUCCUAUGAUGCAGUCAGGAGAACAGGAUGGGGCAGUAAUAUGAAUUCUGGCCUUACCAAAAGCCCUCCUGUUGCAGGGACGCAAAAUGUGAAUAAGACAACAGAACAGCAACGGCCCCAGCCAGAUCCCUAUCAAAUCCUGGGGCCUACCAGUAGCCGUCUUGCCAAUCCAGGGAGCGGGCAGAUCCAACUGUGGCAGUUCCUCCUCGAGUUGCUGUCGGACAGUUCCAACGCCAGCUGUAUCACAUGGGAAGGGACCAAUGGGGAAUUCAAGAUGACGGACCCUGAUGAAGUGGCACGGCGCUGGGGAGAACGCAAAAGCAAGCCCAAUAUGAAUUAUGACAAGCUGAGCCGAGCCCUCCGAUACUACUAUGAUAAGAACAUUAUGACCAAAGUGCAUGGCAAAAGGUAUGCCUACAAAUUUGACUUUCAUGGCAUUGCCCAGGCUCUCCAGCCUCAUCCCACUGAAUCGUCAAUGUACAAGUAUCCAUCAGAUCUCUCCUACAUGCCUUCUUACCAUGCCCAUCAGCAGAAGGUGAACUUUGUACCCCCACACCCUUCUUCUAUGCCUGUCACAUCAUCCAGUUUCUUUGGAGCUGCCUCACCUUAUUGGACCUCCCCUGCUGGAAGCAUUUAUCCAAACCCCAAUGUCCCUCGCCAUCCCAACGCCCAUGUAUCACCACACUUGGGCAGCUAUUACUAGAUGCUUUUAUCUUCGAGUGGCCUUAAUCAGUCUCAUUGGACUUUUUCUUUACUUCUGGUAUUUUUAUGUUUUUUGGGGGGACCCUUAAUGGAUAAUUGUGGCCUUUCUGGGGCAAGAAUUAAAACUGGAUAUUGGUUAUUCCUGGAUCAACCCUUUUACUUUUGUAACUUUGCCUCUUGUGUCUUGAACUGAGAGAUGGAUGCUUCUUUGGGCCAGUACUCUGCAUUUUCUUUGUGUUUUUUUUUUUUUUUUUAAUGCUUAUGUCCUCUGUAGGAAUUGACUAUGAAGAUUGUUCACCAUUACCUGGAAUGAUUAUUAGCUUUUUGAUGAGAGAAAUUUUUAAGAAUUCAAAGGAGGUUGACAAGACAUAGACCCAACUGUGGGUCUUAGGAAAAGAUGACUACAUUUUUUUUUCUCACUUUGAAGAGGGUAGGCAAUUUGACCAUAAAGUCACGAGGACCUUGGGCUGCAGGGGACCACAACUGGAAUCUUAGCUUUAAGGCAGAUGAGGAUUUUCACCCAACUGGAAAUUAAGAAAAUAUAUAUAUUCAUAUAUAUAUAUGUACAUGUAUAUUUUAAGAAGUAAAGGGCAUUGAAGGAACUUUUCUAGGCUGUACAAGUUCAGUAGACUGUGUAUUAACUCCAGAAACAUCAGAAACCAGAACAAAAAGUAACCUAAUAUCAAGCACAGACAUUCUUUGAAAGCAAAAGUGAAGUAAAAUAAAUGACAGCAGGCCCUUGAGCUCUGCCAGAGUCUUAGGGAUCGCUAAAUGCUACCGAUUCGCGAACGCUGUGCGUUUGUCAGACCGUCAUUCAAAGGGUCAACAAAUCAGAAGGCAAAUUACUGUAUAAAUUAUGCAGAGUUAUUUUUCCCUAUAUCUCACAGUUUUAAAAGAGAGAGUAAAUAAAACGAGUUGACCUCGGUCACAAAUGCAGGUUUGUUUUUUACUAUCAGCUCAGUUGUUUGUGGGUUGUUUUUGUUUGUUGUUUUUUUUUUUUUUUAAUGUAAUUUGUACAUCUUUCCAAUCUGUACAUUUGGGCUGUAGCUUUGUACUUUUUUGCUAAAAAAAAUAAAAAAAUAAGACAUGAGUAAUGUAUCUGUUGGAGAUAGUCUUGGUCCUGCAAUUGGAUCCAUAAUUGACUCCCAAAUUAGCCAGAAACCUUCCAGAUUUCCUGGGUUUGUCUAGAGUAGAUUUUUUUUUCUUGUAUUAGCCUGUCAUAGUUGUUUGCAAAUUAACUCCAUUUAGUUAACAUGUUUCUACUGAAGCUGAUUGAAAACAUACAUUGACAUUUUAAAGUGACCUAUUUCAAUAUUUUGUGAUUAUUUUUCACCAAAAUCUGGAACUUUGGAAACAUUUUAACCACUUCACAGGGAAAAUUAUCAAAUAUUUCUCACGACAUCUUUUGAAGACUUUUGCUAUGGGUUGUCAUUUAAAUGCUAAACAUUUGAAAAUUCUCAGCCAUCUCUAAUUUUGCACGUGUUAAUUUGAUGAUCCACAAAUGGUGGUUUGGUGCCAUAAACAGAAGGGUAAACCACAAUCAUUCGUGUUUUAGAACAGAUGUCUAUCACGGGUUAGACUUACAUCUAUAACCUAUUAGCUAACUUGUAUUAACCGGCAACCAAUUAACAGGAUCACAAAUAUCUAAUCUAGACAUAACCUCUGGGACUCUGUGUGUGUGCAAGAUUUGGUCCAUGUGCAUCCGAUUGCAGGAUGAGAGCCUGAAAUCAGAACAUUAUAGUCUGCUCAUAACUUUAAACAGAAGCACUGAUGCCAUUAUUUAACAAAAAGGAAGAAUAAGAUCAAGCUAAUCAGUUUAGGUCUUAGUGCUUUUGGGAUGUUUAUAAGUAACAUUACUGCAAUAAUCGCAAAAUUUAAGUAUGAAGAAAUUACCCAUGGAAAUGGGGCUUUUGCUACUAUAUAUAUGCAAUGUACUUUUUGGAUAUUAAAAUAUAUAUAAUUUUGCAAGUAAUCUUGGUGUUUUUUAAAAAUGUAUUAAGUGUUACAAUGAAACUGUUGUAUGAAGAAGAUGAUGUAAAAAAUGUGACAAAAUAAAUGGUGGUUUUCUUCUCUAAGGCAUCAUAUUGUCCCACUCUCUCCCUCCCCUCUCAUGCCUGCUGAAAGAGCAUGAACUUGCAUCUAAAUUAAAUUCAACUAAAAGGAAAACAACAAAUCUCCAUAGUAGUAGCAGUCAUCAUCCUUAUCACUGUAAAAUAAUAUCAACUUCUUAUUCCAGAAAAUUUGUGUCUCUGGAGCUGGCGUUUAUCAGACCUAAUUUAGGUAUUGAAGUGUCUAAAUCAGAAACCUAGGCUCCAUCUUUUGUCCAUGUGGGGAGAGAGAGAGAGAGAGAGAAUGAGAAUGUGGUGGAGUAGCUGGAGCUCGAAGAGGCGAAGUGUCUUGCAUGAGGACGGUGGCAGAGCUGUGAGCAGGCCUUUGCCCAGUGCCCCAGCAACUGGGUCACAGCCCUGUGCCAAGUGCUGGAACAUGCAGCCUCCCUGCGAGCGCCACAACCGACCUAAUGGACAUCUCCGACUGUUCACUCUUCAGGGUACUCAACAAGCCGUUGGCAGAAUGUGUAUGUGCAAUGCUGUGUGUAUUACCAGCCUGCCUGUCUGCUCAUGUUUCUCACCUAACCCCAAACCCCAGGGAAACCCAGUGCUCCAAAGCAUUCCUGAGAUGGAGUAAGAGUCUGCAAAAACAAGCACCGCCAAGGAAUCUUCUGAUUGUGUAUAAAGGUCAGGCAAAGGCACUUCCUGUAUUUUUUCAGACACACGGUGGUCCUGAGAGAUAGCUUGAUCUUUCUGCAGAUUUGAUAAACCCUUAGAAAUACAUAACUGCACAAGUACACCAUUUCCUUCCUCCACACACAACCUUUUGUUGCUAAGUUUCUAGUACAAUAGCUUUCACCGGCUUAAUUAGCAAGCCUGGGCUAUGAAAAAGAGUUAUGUUAAAGAGUGUGUUCAAGCACCACAGAGCUGUUCCCUUUGUGUAUUCAGCCACAGUUGCUCAAUUUAGCCAUAAAAGUGAGUGUUUUUUGCAUGUCUCUAUUGUUUUUCGCUUCAUUGUGAUCUGGAUUCGUUCUGGCUAUGCAUCAUCAAUAGAAGUAUCAAGUAUUUUCUUCUCAUACAAUGUGCCUGCCCGGUUGCCUGCUAUAGGAAAAUUUGAAGACUGAGAUUGCACAAAAAUGCCUAGAGGCAGAAUCUGAAGGUUAUCAGAGCAAGAAGAUGUCUUUGACAGCAAAAUCUGGCCAGCAGCAUCCUU